CCUAAACCUUAUACUAGCAAUAAUCAGUGUCCAAGUUGUAAGGAGGGGCAUUAUAUUAACCAAUGCCCAAGAUUUCUAGCCCUAAACGAGGUCUCACGCAUUCGAGUCGUGAGAAAAUUAGGGCUAUGUUACAAUUGCCUGAGUACGAGACAUACACUGCCGACCUGCAGAGCUACCACUUGCAAAAUAUGUAAAGGUAAGCAUCAUACGCUUUUACAUGUCCAAUCAUCCAACAUUACUCAUUCAAACACACACACAAACACACAUUCAAACACACAACUUCAGCCAAAUACAUACUCGCAACCGAGCGCACAAACACAACCAACUACCCUGUAUACCUACGAGUCCAAACCAACUGGAUGCGUAGGUACAAACGAAUCAAAGUCGAUAAAUUUGCAUACCAAUCAAGUAGUCAACACUACGUUAUGUCAAACCGAUGACAAUCUAUUACCGAACAAAACAGUGAUGUUGUCGACAGCACAAAUCAAUGUUUUCGAUAAAAAUAACCAAUUACACACAUUCCGAGCACUAUUAGACUCAGGCUCACAAUCAAACUUCAUAACGAAACAAGCAUACGACAAACUUAACCUACCUACACAACACAUAAACAUGGAGGUGUUAGGCUUUAACGAAAAUAGCACGAUAAUCGAAAAAAGGUGUAAAAUUACAUUCGAGUCGAAAGAUAACCAAUUUACUGGUGAGUUGUCUUGUCUAAUUGUACCUACCAUCUGUAAGUUACCGUCACAGAUCAAUGCCACGUCUUUAAAAAUCCCACCACGAUUCAACUUAGCCGAUGACUUCUAUCACGAACCAGGUGAAGUCGAUAUGAUAAUAGGUGCAGAGUUAUUUUUCGAGCUUCUCUGCAUAGGACGACACCGCCUGGGAGAUGGACAACCGACCCUGCAAAAAACUCGACUCGGCUGGGUGGUCACGGGUUCGAUUCCCGGCACCAGCCCGCCGCCACAGUCAGUAAGGUGUAAUUUCGUGUCGAAUACACAAAUGAAAUCGCUAUUUGAUACAAAUGAGUUCGAUUCAAGAAACUUACCCAAUGAUGAGACUAUACAGUGUGAGAAAAUAUUCAAUGACCACACACGCACGUCUGAGGGUAAUUUUGUGGUAGAUUUACCGUUAAGGUUGCCUAUCUCUUCCCUCGGUCAGUCUCGUCCCGCGGUCUAUAAAAGAUUUAUUACAUUAGAGUCGAAAUUUCAGAAAAACCCCGAAUUUAAAGAAAGAUAUGUCGAUUGUAUGAGGGAUUUGCAAGAAAAGGGCCUUAUGAUAAAAAAUGAUGAUUUCACUCAACCAUGUAAUUACCUACCGCAACACGCGGUAAUUAAUAGCGAAAAGGUUACGACACCACUUAGGGUCGUAUUUGAUGCCUCCCAUAAAACUAGUUCAGGGAUGUCAUUAAACGAUAUUCAAUUCAAAGGUACAAUCAGUCAGGACAAAAUAACGAACAUUUUGUUAAGAUUUCGAAAACACAAAUACAUCGUUAUCGCAGAUGUAGCUCAAAUGUACAAAAAUAUAUAUGUUCGAGAAGACCAACGUCACCUACAAUGCAUUCUAUGGCGUGAAACACAAACUGACCCACUACUCACCUACAAAUUAACGAGUCUCAGUUUUGGUCUGAAAUGUGCACCCUAUAUAGCGACGCGGUGCCUGACGCAACUAGCGAACGAAAACAAAGGUGAGUACCCGUUAGCAUCCGCCGCGAUACAGCAUGAUUUUUUGAUGGACGACUACGUUCACGGCGACGACGACGAGCGCAGGCUAGCAGAGACCUCAGUACAGGUCGACCGUAUCCUGAGCACAGCUAAUUUCAAAUUAAGAAAAUGGAAAUCCAAUUCGAAAACCAUCUUAAACGAGGUAAGUCACAGUACCACACAUGACACAUACAUAACCACCCCGAUAGGUCAAGAUAAUAAUAACACACACAAAGUAUUGGGUAUUGUAUGGGAUAAUAAUGAGGAUCGAUUAAGUUACAGAUUAAAGCGGGAACCAAUGUCAAAAUCAAUAACAAAACGUUACGUUUUAUCUAUAGCCUCGUCGAUAUACGACCCGUUAGGUAUGUUAGGACCAGUAAUUAUCAUUGCGAAAUGUUUCAUACAUAAACUUUUCAAAUUAAAGUUUAAUUGGGAUGAAAAACUACCGAUUCAAUUAAUUAAUGAAUGGGAAACAUUCUAUAACAGUUUGUUUACGUUAGACACACUAUCUAUUCCAAGGCGAGUCGUUAUCAAUGAUUACAUAACCAUAGAAAUGCACGGAUUCUCAGACGCGUCCUUGACCGCUUAUGGGGCCGUUAUAUACAUACGAUCUAUAGAUAAACAGGGCAGGAUUAUGGUUCGAUUAUUGCGCGCGAAAUCGAGAGUUGCGCGUGAGGAAACUAUUCCACGAUUAGAGCUGCGAGCUGCCUGGCUGUUAGCCGCAUUGUCUGACGACGUAAACAAUGCGCUUAAAUUUAAAUGGACGAAACAAUACUUCUGGUCAGAUUCAAAUGUAGUAUUAGCAUGGAUAAAAUCACCACUACAAAAAUUAAACACAUUCGUAAAAAAUAAAGUAAAUGACAUACAAAAAAUUACAAACAUCGAUGAUUGGCGUUGGGUCUCUUCUGGUAACAACUCAGCGGAUUUGUUAUCUAGGGGUCUAGCUGCUGAAAGGUUAGGUAGUAGUUCAUUAUGGUGGCAGGGGCCCUCCUGGCUUUCCGAGCCCAUCGAGAAGUGGCCUACAUUUCAACUACCCAAAACGGAAAUAACGUUACCCGAAACUGAACAAGAAACAUAUUGUAAUAUAAGUACAAACAAGUCAAGCGAGUUAAUUACAAACUUAAUAAAAAAAUAUUCUAACUUAAAUAAACUCAAUCGAGUAUUUGUUUACAUGCGAAGAUUCAUUCACAACUCUAGACAUCCGAACAAUAGAAUAGUCGGGGUCUUAUCAGUAGAUGAAAUGCGACAUGCGUUGCUCGAAUUAAUUAGAUUUGCACAAACAGAAUCGUUCCAAAUGGAGUACAAGUUACUAAAAAAUAGUAAACAACUACCACAAACAUCAAACAUAUUGUGUUUGAAACCAUUUAUGGAAAAUGGGAUUAUUCGAGUAGGGGGACGCCUGGAACAGUCCUCAUACAAUUACGAUAAAAAACACCCAAUACUUCUACAUCACUCACACACACUAACAAUUCUUAUAAUGCGUGGAGAACACAUAAGAUUAAUGCAUGCAGGGCCACAGUUAUUACUUUCAUCUGUCCGCGAGAGAUAUUGGCCGACACACGGUAAGAUCGUCGCUAAUAAGGUUGUACGAGAAUGUAUAACGUGCUUCAGGAACAGUCCGAAGAUCUACUCACCGAUAAUGGGUAAUUUACCAAGGUCAAGAGUAACUCCAGCACCGCCCUUCCUCACAACUGGCAUUGAUUAUGCAGGACCCUUUGCGGUGAGGGACAAAAGGGGGCGUGGUUACAGGUCAUACAAAUGUUACAUAGCAAUUUUUAUUUGUUUUUCGACAAAGGCAAUUCACUUAGAGUUAGUUUCAGGUCUAGAAACUCAGCUCUUCCUGUCUGCGCUGCGAAGGUUUACGUCCAGGCGAGGUAUACCAAAAACAAUACUGCAGCAGAUCCAAUGCGACUUCUGGAGAAGAUGGUCAAGAGACUACAUAGGACUGCUUCAAGAACGCACGAAAUGGAGAAGCUGCAAGGGUGCCGGACUCGACGUGGGUACCAUUGUGCUGAUCAAAGAUGACCGACUGCCGCCCUGCCAGUGGAGGCUGGGACGCAUCGUCGGCUGCUGCCCGGGUCGCGACGGCAUCACGCGGGUCGCAGAGAUGCGCACGGCGCGUGGAAUAAUCAAGAGAGCAUUCAACAAUAUCUGUCCAUUACCGAUUACAUGUUAAAAUGCCUUUUAUUGUAACAAUCAAAUAACUUAUAACUAGUUAAAUCUCAUUUAAUACCCGUAUAGUUCAGUUUUAACAAUUUUGGUCUAUUAGUUACCGAUAAUAUGAUAGGUUGUGGAAUAUUUUAGCUUACACAUUAAAUAAAGGUUAGGCUUCAAUAUUGUAAAUAGUUCGUAGUCGUUAGGAUUUAGAUUCGAAAUUUAAAUAUUAAAAAUACAAAUAAGUAACUACUUAAUUAAAUCUGUUAUAUUAGUACCAUCUAACUAUUGAAUUAAACGUGCUAAUAACAUGAGUUUCAUUUCCUUAGAUAGGUAGGUAAUAACAGAUAAAUAAAUAAUUAUUUGGGCAUAAGCGCCAUUCGAAACCAAAUACCUAACUAGUUUCUAAUUAGAAUCUUGGGGCGCAGCAUGUUAACUGUGUUAACAAUAUAUUAGCGCCAUCUAUAAAUUAGAAGGUUUAACUACUUAGUUUCCUAUGUAAACACAGCGUUAUCUCGCAGGCUACUUGCAUAGAUCGAUUAUUAAGCAUUACUACACUAUUAAGUUCUUAUACAUCCUGCUAGAUGGCGCAGUGUCGGGGGUGGUGGUAGCAUAUAAGCCGCUACAGGCGGAGUCUCGCUCUCUUUCCACGGGACCUCGCUGUACAAGCAACAAUAAACUAGUAUCCAGUAUUACCAA